UUUUCUCGCGUCUCUCGUUGCCUCUCAGUUUCACCCAGCCUCUUUCGCGUGCGUCCCCUCUCAUUUGUGCAGGAUUUGGAAUCUGUAGAUCUGUAUUUCUUUCUCACGGGAAAACAUUCUUGAAACAUGCCUGCCCAAAAGAUCGAAACGGGUCAUGAGGACAUGGUCCAUGAUGUGCAGAUGGAUUACUAUGGGAAGCGUGUAGCCACUGCCUCAUCUGACUGCACGAUCAAGAUAAUUGGCGUGAACAGCAGUGGUGGAUCGCAGCACCUAGCUACCUUGACAGGACACAGGGGUCCCGUCUGGCAGGUUGCUUGGGCUCAUCCAAAGUUUGGUUCGAUCUUGGCUUCGUGUUCAUAUGAUGGACAAGUCACAAUCUGGAAGGAAGGUAACCAAAACGAAUGGACACAGGCUCAUGUCUUCACCGAGCAUAAGUCAUCAGUGAACUCUAUCGCGUGGGCACCCCAUGAACUCGGGCUCUCCUUGGCAUGUGGUUCAUCUGAUGGAAACAUAUCGGUUUUCACAGCCAGGGCUGACGGUGGCUGGGACACGACUAGGAUAGACCAAGCCCACCCGGUCGGCGUCACUUCAGUCUCAUGGGCACCAUCCACAGCCCCAGGUGCCCUUGUUGGUUCUGGUCUGCUUGAGCCGGUUUACAAGCUAGCAUCUGGUGGGUGCGACAACACCGUGAAAGUGUGGAAACUCUACAACGGGUCGUGGAAGAUGGACUGUUUCCCGGCUCUACAGAUGCACAGUGACUGGGUCAGGGACGUGGCAUGGGCGCCGAACUUGGGUCUGCCGAAAUCCACAAUAGCGAGUGCUUCACAAGACGGGACAGUGGUGAUAUGGACAGUGGGGAAGGAAGGUGAGCAAUGGGAAGGUAAGGUUCUGAAGGAUUUCAAGACGCCGGUGUGGAGAGUCUCAUGGUCGUUGACCGGUAACUUGUUGGCAGUCUCGGACGGCAACAACAACGUUACCUUGUGGAAAGAAGCUGUUGAUGGUGAAUGGCAACAAGUGAGUGUUGUCGAGCCCUAGGUUUGGUUUUGAUCUCUCUUAAACCCAGACAAAUUUUUUUCCCGUUACAGACCGGUUUUGACUGGGAACAUCAUGGUAUUUGGUUAUCUCUAAAUACGUACCAGAAAACUUCUUGGUGGAUGUUAUAUUUAUCUGUAUUUGAUUUCGCUUCAAUGAUAACUAGCAGCAGUGCCUCUUA